CUUUGAUACACUUCCUUAACCCCCACAACCCAAUGAGCCGACCGGCCGGCCACAAGUAGACAUUGAUAGAGCGUAAGAAUGGCGGAGAGUAUACGCUUAAACCCUACCAAAACAUUCAACCCCAGAAUUCCAUUCACAAACCACACUCUCCCUUCAAUCUAUUCCUUCAAAACGAAAUCAAAAUCCAAGAAGUUCGCAUCAAUCUCUGCGUCGGUGAGUUCGAGCCAGAGCCAGAGCCAGAGCCAGGACCAGCAACGACUGUCUUUGGACUCUCUGAUCGGUAAUAGCAGUCGCAAAGACGAGCUUUUUGGCUCUAUCAGAAGCUCCUUGCCCCACUGUCUCUCCGAAACGAACCUCCACCUCACUGUCCCUGGCCUCAAAUCCAAAACCAGGGGAAAGGUUAGAGAUAUUUACGAAAGUGGGGAUUAUCUCGUUCUCGUCACUACUGACCGACAAAGUGCUUUCGACAGAAUUCUUGCCUCCAUUCCCUUCAAGGGCCAGGUUCUUAAUGAGACAAGUUUGUGGUGGUUUGACAAAACCCGACACAUAACUGCAAAUGCGAUCAUCUCGUCCCCGGAUAAAAAUGUUACAAUUGCGAAAAAAUGUUCGGUUUUUCCCGUCGAAUUUGUCGUUAGAAGUUAUGUGACUGGAAGUACCGACACAUCAUUAUGGACAGUCUACAACAAAGGUGUUCGAAAGUAUUGUGGCAAUGUCCUCCCGGAUGGUUUGGUUAAAAACCAAAAGCUUCCUGCAAACAUACUCACGCCAACAUCUAAGGCAGCAGAUCAUGAUGUGCCAGUAACUCCGGAUGAGAUAGUUCAACGUGGACUGAUGACUCAAGCUGAUUAUGAUGAAGCAAGUAGGAAAGCAUUAAGCUUAUUUGAAUAUGGACAGUCUGUUGCUCUGGAACAUGGCCUGAUAUUGGUGGACACUAAAUAUGAAUUUGGAAAGGCAGAUGACGGUUCAGUUCUUUUAAUUGAUGAGGUGCAUACUCCCGAUUCCAGCAGAUAUUGGAUUGCCCAUUCUUAUGAGGAACGCUUUCAUAGUUCUCUUGAACCUGAAAAUGUUGAUAAGGAGUUCUUGAGGUUGUGGUUCAAAGAUCACUGCAAUCCAUAUGAAGAUGAGGUCCUCCCUGAUGCUCCAGAAGAUCUUGUUUGUGAACUAGCUUGGCGAUACAUAUUUUUGUACGAGAAGAUAACAAAUUCGAAGUUUGAGAUGCCAAGGAUGGAGGAGCCAAUUCAUGAUCGAAUUUCUCGGAAUGUUGCACAGGCGUUGUCAUCACUACAGUAAUUUUAAGCUUUUGAAUUAUUGGUCUGAUGUAUUUGUUGCUAAAUAAGCUUGAAAAGAAAGCGCAAAUCUUGUCCUUGAAAAGCGAUGGGCAUUUUGUUCACGGGAAGCACUGUGAGUUGCUAAUCUUGAACGCAAUUCUCCAUCUGGGGAGCCUUCCUGAUGCUUGUUAUCUAACUCACUAGCUAUUUCAAACUUAUUUUACAUAAGAGUGAGUCUCUCCUUUUUGCGUCGUUUUAUGGGAAGGUAGAUUUAGGGUGUGUAAUCUCUUCACAGACCUUUCGAAAGAAGGGAGAAUUCACAUGAAUUUUCAAUGUGGAUACACUUUUUUGCUGA